CAGCAGCAGCAGCGUGUUUCUGCUAGAUGCAGUCAGUCAGUGUCGAGCCUCACUGGUCUCAGCCGGCGAUCAACGCACUACAGUUUAGCUGCUGGAAAACAGGCAAAGGCAGACUGAAAGAAAAGAGUCGGAUUAUUUGUUUCUGGGAGUUUUUUUUUUUCACGGAGAAGCGAAGAGAGAAUCCAAAGCGAUCAGUUUGGACUUGAUGAGAAAGUCAAGAAGUCCCGCUCCUGGAGUGACCAGCGGAAUAUGAUUUGAAUCAGAGGAACGUAGAAAGCUGUGGCUCACUAACAGGAUGAAUCUCCGCUCGCUUCAUGCCGUCAUGCUGCUGUGGGCUUUGUGCCCCACUGUUCAGGCCCAGUGUGAUAAAUCACCCCAGACCAACAAGCUGAACCUCUCCGUCACCUACGAGCUCCCAGCGUUCACUGCAGACUUCCCCAUCCAGAACAUGGUGACGCUGGAUGGGAUCAUCUACGCCGGGGCUGUGAACAGAAUCUACGCCCUGGCUCCGAAUCUUACAAAGCUGUCAGAGUAUCACACGGGGCCGCUGCUUGCCAAUGAGACUUGCGGCCAGAAAGUGACCAGUGGCAGGGAGGACAACCACAACAUUGCUUUGGUGGUGGAGCACAUUUAUGACAAGGGGUUGUACAGCUGCGGCUCGGCAGACAAUGGUGUUUGCCGUCGUCACGUCCUGGAUGACGGCAUUAGCCCGAAAACUGUAGACAAAGAUGUCUACUGCUUUGCCGACAAGGUGAAUCUAGGAAAGGGUCAACCGAUUGAUGCGGAUGUUGUGGUCAGCCCUUCAGGAUCUCAGGUGCUCAAUGUGGAAAGCAACGUCAUCACGUUCUUUGUUGGGAACUCUGAGAUCCCAGGACUAGGAAACAUGUCAGCCUCUGCAACAAAUCCCCACACCCUUUCACUACGGAAGAUGAAGACGAGCCAGAAUGGCUUCUCUUUCUUCUCCAACCACUCCUACAUGGACCUGAUUCCUUCUCUACGUGGAAACUAUUACCUGCGUUACGUUUACUCCUUCCACAGUGGACCUUUCACCUACUUUCUCACAGUGCAGAGGGUGAGCAGGCACUCCCAGGCCUACCACACCCGUAUAGUCCGCAUGUGCUCCUCAGACCUCGUGAUCCGCCGUUACGUGGAGAUGCCCCUUGAAUGCAUCAGCACAGAUAAAAGGCGACGUCGCUUCUUGGACGACGUCAAGGUAUUCAACAUCCUCCAGGCAGCCCACGUCACCAAGGCGGGCAAUGAUGUUGAACUGCAGAAGCAGCUUAAAGUGGAGGAAGGUGAUGACGUGCUGUUCGCUGCCUUUGCCCAGGGGAAGCCGAACUCUCCAGAGCCGACCCCUAACUCGGCCGUCUGCGCUAUAUCCCUGAAACACAUCAACAACAUGUUCAAGAUGUACAUGCACAGGUGCAACACAGAGGACCCGUAUCACUUCACUGGAUCAGACAAGAAGUCCUGCUACAAUGUGAGUUCAUCAGACGACUGCGGCCCACAUGAGGGAAUCCAUGAAGGGAAAGAGAGUAAUUACCGCCUGCAGGUGACCCAGUUUGUCCAGAGGUUGGAGUACUGGCACAAAGAGUUGACAAACACCUUGGUUACGUCUAUCACCGUGGUGCCAGUCCAUGGCCGUGCAGUGGCAUACCUGGGCACCGCUGACGGACGCCAUAUCCAGGUGCUGUUCUCCCGAUUUGCGUCUCCUCAUGUCAACAUCCGCCUGGACUCCAGACCCGUCUCCGCCGUAGCGCUGCUGGACACUGACGGCUCAGAUGGAGCCCUGCUGGUGGCCACAGGCAACAAGGUCACUAAGGUCCCUCUGAUUGGCCCCGGCUGUGAUCAGCUGACCACCUGUACUUCCUGUUUGCUGUCGUCACGGGUGACAGAAUGUGGCUGGUGUGAUGGACGCUGCACCAGAGCCGACCAGUGUCCCUCCUCCUCGGCGUGGACGCAGGACUACUGCACACCUGUCAUCACGAAGGUUUUCCCAACCUCUGGACCAAUUCGAGGCUCUACAGUGGUGACGAUGUGUGGGCGCAACUUCGGCUUUGACAAGACAGAGAGCUUCAAGGCGUCCCUGGUAACAGUGGAGGUGGCGGGAGCUCCCUGCAAACUUUCCAGACUCGACAACAUCAACAGGUGGACUGAGAUGCAGUGUUCCCCAGUGUUCAGUGGGAACUUCACCCCGUCGGGACACACAGUGAAGGUCACCAGUGGCCACAAGGUAUCCAAGAUGGAGGGCUUCUCCUUUGUGGACCCUGAGAUCCAUGAAAUCUUCCCGACAUUUGGGCCGAAGUCUGGAAACACCAUGCUGACCAUCAGAGGAGCCUUCCUGGACACUGGGAACAAGCGAGAGGUGACGAUAGGGAAAGCAGCCUGUAAGAUCCAGAGCUUGUCGUCCGCCAUGCUGACCUGUAAGACGCCGCCAAACGCUGUUCUCUCCAAGCAACCCGUGAAGCUGACGAUUGACUCGGUGGAGCGCCACACGCCUGCGCUGUUCACCUACAACCAAGACCCCAUCAUCAACAGCAUCCAGCCGUCUCGCUCCUUCGUCAGUGGAGGCUGCACAGUGUCGGCUCAUGGCUUCUUCCUCCAGUCCGGCCUCCAGCCCCAGAUGGUCCUCACCACCGGUCAGGAUGCUCAAGUCUUCCAUGUGAGCUGUGUGUACGGUGAGAACCGAACAUCCAUCCAGUGCACCACGCCCUCUCUGGCCAAACUGGCUCUGCAGCCGCCCGUGGUCACCAAGGUGGCGUUUGUGCUGGACGGCUACUCUACAGAUCAGUGGGACCUGAUCUAUGUGGAGGACCCGCUCUUCCAGGACCCCAAACUCACAUCUAAGGACAACAAGAGCAUUGUGGAGCUCAAGGGUGACCGGAUGGACCGGGAGGCGAUGAAGUGUCAGGUUCUGACCGUUUCCAACCACAGCUGUGAGAGUCUGACUCUGAUUGGAAACACUCUGGAGUGCACCGUCCCCACCGAGCUGCAGGCCGCCACCUCCAAGGAGCUGCAGGUGGAGUGGCGCCAGGCGGACUCCAUCAGACAUCUGGGCAAAGUGACGCUGGCUCAGGAGCAGGACUACACAGGCCUAAUCGUUGGCUGCGUGUGUGUCACCCUGCUGCUGAUGCUGCUGGGAACGCUGCUCAUGUGGAGACGGAACAAACACAUUGAUGAUCUGUCUGAGGUGUGGUAUGAUGGCCGGGGUCACAUCCAGCAUCUGGACAGGCUGGCUAACGCGAGGAGUGUCAGCCCCACUAACGAAAUGGUCUCCCACGAGUCAGUCGACUAUAGAACAACCCUGCUGGAGGAUCAGGGCACCGACAGGCCCGAGACAUGCCGGGGGGCUCCUCCCAUCUACGGAGGCAAUGGAGAGCUUCUGUCCCCCAGACUGGGAGCACUGGGAGGUGGGAUGGGUCUGGGGAUGGAAGGCGAGCUGGUGUCCCCACUGCUGAUGGCCCCGGUUCACAUCGACCCAUCCUGCCUCCACCCUGACCUGCUGACUGAGGUGCAGCACGUGGUGAUCGCCCGGGAGCAGCUGCUGCUCCACCUCAACCAGGUCAUUGGCAGAGGUCAUUUCGGCUGCGUUUUCCAUGGAACACUCCUUGAGCCAGACGGGCAGAAGCAGCACUGCGCUGUCAAGUCGCUGAACCGCAUCACAGACCUGGAAGAGGUGUCCCAGUUCCUGAAGGAGGGGAUCAUCAUGAAGGACUUCAGCCACCCGAACGUUCUCUCUCUGCUGGGAAUCUGUCUGCCGCCAGAGGGCUCGCCGCUGGUGGUUCUGCCCUACAUGAAGCACGGAGACCUGCGCAACUUCAUCCGCGAUGAGGGACAUAACCCAACAGUGAAGGACCUGAUGGGCUUCGGGCUGCAGGUGGCCAGAGGGAUGGAGUAUCUGGCCAGCAAGAAGUUCGUCCACAGAGACCUCGCUGCCAGGAACUGCAUGCUGGAUGAGAGCUACACGGUGAAGGUGGCCGACUUCGGACUGGCCCGAGAUGUUUAUGAUAAAGAAUAUUACAGCGUCCACAACAAGAGUGGAGUCAAGCUGCCCGUCAAGUGGAUGGCUCUGGAGAGUCUGCAGACGCACAAGUUCACCACCAAGUCAGACGUGUGGUCGUUUGGCGUGUUGCUAUGGGAACUGAUGACCCGUGGAGCUCCACCAUAUUCGGAUGUGAACUCCUUCGACAUCACUGUGUUCCUCCUGCAGGGGAGGAGGCUGCUGCAGCCCGAGUUCUGCCCUGACGCCCUUUACACGGUGAUGAUCGAGUGCUGGCAUCCGAAGCCGGAGCGGCGGCCCUCCUUCUCCGAGCUGGUGUCCCGCAUCUCCGCCAUCUUCUCCAGCUUCAGCGGGGAGCACUACGUCCUGCUCAACACCACCUACGUCAACAUCGACAAGAUGAGCCCUUACCCUUCCCUCCUCAGCUCCACCACUACCACUGCAGAUUCCUCCUCUUCCUCACCCGACCCCUCCACCUCCACGUCCCUGCCCACCCAGUCCCCGUUUUUUUGCCACGUGGAGCGAGAGUGCUGCACCUGAGCGAGGGAGGUGGAGGUGCAGUGAGAGAGACUCAGAAAAGAGCAGUGAGGGGAUGAAGAACUACUGUAUGGAAACACUGGACACUGUAUGCUGAGGAAAAACAGCUUUCAGAGCUGUGACUGUUACUCAAUGUACAUAGAUCAUCGACCUUUGACCCUCUCGAGCAUCGCCACAUGACAGGGUCCUCCAUGAACUAUAUGGCUGACCUUAUGGACUUUUCUGACCUUUCAUUGACCCCGGGGAGCAUGAGGUCAGCUUCCUGCGUCCUCUACAAGACAGUUACAAGGAUCAGGAACUCCUCCUCGAAGAUUCCCAGCGGACAAAGCCACCGUCACAGAAGCACGACGCCAUUCAUCAAACACCCAAAAACAAUCAUUGACUGCUUUACCCACACAGGGAGAGGAUCGAUUUCUGCUUCAGCUCCUCUCUGGGUGGCAUGUGCUUCGAUACACACAGAUGUGGCUCAGACCUUUUUCGCUGUCUGUAAUGUGAAUGUUUGACAAAUGGCCAUGUAUUGUGUCGUGUAGAAAACGUCACACCUCCUGCGCCUGCACUCGACAGAGAGAAGGAAACCUGCUUUGAUAGACUGUGGCGCCUCGGGUGAGUAAACCAAGGCACCGCGGAGGUCGAUGGAGGCAGUGUAGGUGUAACGUGUGAAAAAAAACCCCUGCUGCCUGUGUGCAGUUCACUGGAUGCUUUAUUUGUAUAAUUGCAUUUGGACAAAUUGCUUUUUGCUUGGAAAAAAAAGCGUCUCAGCGCAGCCUCGCCGUGACUCACCUGUGUGAAAUCCCCAAAUGUUUCCAAGUGAAAAGGGUUACUAGCCAACAUUCAUUUUCCUUUUGUUUUUCUCCUGAAUCGUCCUGUCAUUUCAUAACCGUAACAACAUGCACACACCUGAAAGCUUUGAGGUUUUCUUGGGAAGACGAAGGAGAACAAAUGUGAACCAUGUCCUGCGUGUCAGAUCUGUCUCUUUAACUCACACGUCACUGACGGAGAACAUGCUCUACAUGAUAAUAAUCAUACACAGACGAAGGACAUGAUUAUUUUAACUCACGUUUGUUUCCUUUAACCAAAAACCCAAAAAGUUCAUCUGCAGCAUUUCAUUAGUUCAAUAACUUUGGUCAAAAUUUCAACAGAGUUUGUUGUUCCUUUCAGAGCUUCAGCUUUACGUCUGUGUCCUCGUCUGGCCUCAAACCAGGAGUGUGUUGUUAUGUGACUCUCAGUGACAGCUGUACAUCACUGUAACUUUAUUAUUAUGAAGAAAUGUUUCAAUGUUAAAAGGCUGUAGCAGCGUGUUUGCAGAUUUUAGCUUCUGAACCACAACUCAUGUAGACUUUGCACUUGUGUUGACCAUUUUUAAACCAUUGAUUUCUAUUCCAGGCAGCCUCUGACAUCCACUCAUUUCAGUUUAGUAUGAAAAUCUGAUUCUUGAAAUCUGAGCGUGUCAUCCAUCACAGUCAACAUCAAAUCUCCGUUAAGUUUUGUCUAUGAUUGUUGCGUUGUUAUGCAGUUAAAGUGCAGAUAGAGUGUGUGCUACAGUACGUGAUACUGUAAUGUAGAGAUAUGCCAAUUGAUCAUCAUAUCGACUACUGAUGAUUAAAAUGCUGAGGCCCCUGAGGAUUUAUAUUUGAGGGCAUAUGUAUUCAUAAAUUGUGUAAAAAUCCUCAUCAUGUUUGCUGAAGUAAUCUAGCACUAAUUUCCUAAAAAAAAUAGUUUUACAGCAGAAGCAGGGAAAUCGUCGUCUUAAUUUCACGCCUUCUUUUUCUUGUCAAAAAGUGGUGCCUGUUGGCGCUUCGUAACUCAACUCUUUCACCUCAGCCCCCGGUGGUUUAUGAUCCCUGCUGCUGGUGUCUGUGUCUUUCUUUCUUCACACCUGAACUAAACCACAGUGCUGUGCCAAAAUAAUUAUCGCCAACUAUGUUGCAUGGUUGUAAUAAAAAGUGUGAGUAUGAUAAAGUAUCAGUAUCAGAUAGGGUUGGGUACUGUACUUGGUGAUUUUAAGGGUAUCCACCGAAUUACAUCGGUGCCAGCAAGUACUGAUUUACGUUAAAUCAAUCAGUGCCAAAUUGUGAUACUCAGCCUUAACGAUUGACAGUCGGUCGGACAGACAGAUGUGUCACACUAGCCUCACGCUUCUAGUAACCGACGUCACUUAAAGCAUUUUAUCAGAUUUCAUUCAUGACUAAAAUAUAUUAGAAUAUAUUCAAACAUUUGCUUCCAUCAGGGCAUUUUGUGCAUGUGAUAUAUGAUGGAUUACACGACUCACAGUUUCAAGAGUUUUUAUAUUGUACUGACGUAAACAGAAACUAACGGCUGUUUUGAACAGGAAAAAAACAUUACCUUUUCUAAAACACAUAACUGAUAAAGUAAAAAUAAUUUGUCACAAACUUGAUAAAACUUUCAAACCACUGCAGAGGUCAUUUCCCCCGUGUGUUUGCUUUGUGUAGCAGAUGAUGUCUCUUUGUGUUUAUGUGAAUGGCUGCUGAUGUGACUGGGCCAUUGACAGACAGGUAUGAAUGUUUGCUAUGACAAGAAAAUUGCUGUACUAUAUUUUUGUAUCGAUGAUGAGCCUCUUGUUUUAAAUCUGGUCCGACCGGAGGACCAGCGGGGAGUGGAAAGUGCCACGAACGACGAACAAAGCCAACUAAUCAGUCUUUUGUUUUCUAGACAAACCACUGCCAUUUUGUAAAUAAGAGAAGGGAUCACAUGGAUGUGUGUGUGGGCUCGCAGCAUGCAGAGCCUGGCGUCUGGGCAGACGCUCAUUUAGCUCCCGAUCAUUACGGUUAGAUCACUGUGCAAACAGUAAAGAGUUAACAAACCUCACAGACUGCUGUCACUUUGAUCAUGUGAUUCUCCAACACGUUGUCUGUGCUGAACACUGUCUGAUCUCUGUUCUCUGUGUGUGUGUGUAAGAUUUUGUUGUACAUAAAAAUUCCUGAAGGUACAUGUUCCUCUGUGAUGUCAAAUCAACUUUGUCAGUGUAAUAAAGCUAUACUAUCAGAGUUA